UCUACAAUAAUAUUAUUCCUGUGAAAAGUACACUGUGACGAUAAUAUCCGCACCACAGUACAUUCCCUAAUUUUGUUUCAGCGCCAGCAAAUUCUUAAAUUUCUUCCCAUCUGAUUGCUGGGCUGGAAGGAACAGUUAUCUUCCAAAAACAUAGACGAUCUUUGGCAACAAGUGGGCGUUCAGUUCCUCUCUUUCUCCCUCCCUCCGUAGGUCAGCGUGGGCGGCCCCGUGUGGCAGGAGGAGAGCGAAACACGACACCCCGCCAGAGGAAGAAGGGGGGAGGUGGGGGGGUCGAGAGAACACGAAGUGAGUGAGUGGAAAAAGAAAAAGUCUGUGCCGGAGAAAGAGAGGGGCAGAGAAAGAACAGAGUUGGCUUCGGUACUUUUGUUCCCUUUCACAAGCGCCGCUGUUUUGACUUGUCGGUGAGGAUGAUGAUGAUGAUGUGGAGGAGGAAUCGACCAUGCGACAUCGUUGCAACAAACGGGAUGAAAUUUUAGACUCUUCGCAUUCCGUUGCUCUAGUACCGACCGACGGCAGCACGACUCUUCCAAACUUCGACCUACGCCAUUCAGACCCGGGCGACUGGAUUUCCCCGCAGAGGCUCGGGGCAACUUUUCGCAUCAGAAGCCCCGCACUGAAAAACAAAUAUCCCGGCGCAAAAGUUUUAGAGCAAACGUCGAUGCGUCGAGAUGCAAAGCUGAACCACAGGCGAAGUUAGCGGAGGGAGUUUUCAACUUAAAACCGAGCUCAUAAUCGGGGGGCAGGUUCUUCCUAACAAGCCGCUUGUGAGAACAACACCGAAGGAAGGAGUGGGGUGCCGCAGCUAACUUGGCUAGCUGACUUGGCUAAAAAAGCGAGCUAACUAAAAGUCUAAAGUUACCAGUCGACGGGGAAAGUGACUGAAGCGGCGCACCGAAGACGACAACAAAGAUGAAAACCUCGUCAGAUUCGGGGUUUGCCUUCCCAGAAUGGGCCUACAAACCGGAGUCCAGCCCGGGCUCCAGGCAGAUCCAGCUGUGGCACUUCAUCCUGGAGCUGCUGAGGAAAGAGGAGUACCACGACGUCAUCGCCUGGCAGGGAGACUACGGAGAGUUUGUCAUCAAAGACCCGGAUGAGGUGGCCCGCUUGUGGGGGGCCAGGAAGUGCAAACCACAGAUGAACUACGACAAGCUCAGCCGAGCGCUAAGAUACUACUACAACAAGAGGAUUCUCCACAAGACCAAAGGGAAGAGGUUCACCUACAAGUUCAACUUCAACAAACUAGUCCUGGUCAACUACCCCUUCAUCGACAUGGGCACUGGUCGAGGUGUUCCACAGAGUGCCCCUCCUGUUCCCACCGGAGGCACCCAUUUCCGUUUCCCCCCUUCCACACCUUCAGACGUCCUGUCAUCCAGCGAGGAGCUGCGCAGCCCGGGCAUGUUCAGCAGCGUAGCCCGCCGUAUAGCCCGCGGCUCCGUCAGCGACUGCAGCGACGGCACCUCCACCAACUCAGAGCUAGAAGAGGCCGUCGGGGCAGAGGAAAGAGGCGUAGGGCCUGACAGGGCUUUCAGGGGUCUGCUUCCUCCCCGCCUGCCUCACGAUUCUCUCUUCAGGGUCUACGGCGGAGCCCCCAACCCAGCAGGGCUCCCCAGACCUGGCCACAGGGUCCACCCAGAGCCUCUAUCCCCAUUCCCUGUCUCCCCCCUGCCUGGCCCCGGGGGUCUACUGGCCCCGACUCUGUCCCCAGCCCUGUCCAUGACCCCUACUCCCCACCUGUCCUACACCCCCUCCCCCUCCCUGUCCUCUCCCAUGUUGGGCUCCCACUUCUCCUUCAACCCGGAGGACAUGAAGCACUACCUGCAGGCCCACACCCAGUCCGUCUACAACUACCACCUCAGUCCCCGAGCCUUCCUCCACUACCCCAACAUUGUCAUCCCUCAGCCCCACCGCCCCACCCCAGAGAAGCCGGCCGCCCAUCACCUCCACGGCCCGCCCCUGCCACUCUCCCAUUCGCUCAGCCAGCAGCAGGGAGGCGGGGAGGACGGGCAGCAGCACCCAUCACCGUUCAAGUUCAAGCUGCAGCCGCCUCCACUCGGGCGCAAACAGAGGGAAUCAGGGAGCUCAUUGGCUUCUUCUUCUUCCUCCUCUUCCUCCGGCCAGUCCUCCUUGUUUACAGGAUCUGGUCAGAUAAGCAGCUCUGCCUUGGCUGCAGGGCCUCCUAAGAUCAAGGUGGAGCCCAUAUCCGACAUUGAGUCAGAGGAAGAGGUGGAGGUGACUGACAUCAGUGAGGAGGAUGAGCUGAAUCACAACGAGGAGAAUGACGAAGGUGACAUCUUCACCCCGACGGCUUAUCACCAUCGUCACCAGCUCAACAACCAUUACCAAGCUAACGGGACCGGCGGCAGCCCCUCCGCCCCUCCACCACACAGUAACCCCGAGGAUGACCCUGACGAUGACGAGGAGGUCUUCAAGACACCCGCCACUCCACCUCUUGGCAGCGGCAGCCUGGCCUUCCCGCUGAUCAACCUGAAGAGCGAGCCGGGUCAGGGACUAGCGGCUCCCAUCAGCCCCGGAGGCACGCGCUGCAUCCCGCUCAAACUCCGCUUCAAGCGUCGCUGGAGCGAAGACCAGAAGAUGGAGGCGGACGGAGAAAGGGAUGAGGCAGAGGAUAAGAAAGUGAGGGCCGAGGGAGAGGAGGAAGCGGAGGGCAAGAGAGAGGAAGCGGGGAGGAGAGGGGGCGAGGUGGAAAACGGGGGAGGAAGAAGUGUUAUUUUGGGGUUGAUGCUGCCACCGCCUCCCACCCAGCGCAGAGCGAGCUCGGAGCUGCAGAGGGCUACAGCGCAGCUGUCUCUGGAAAACACUGGCUGCUGAGCUUCACGCAAACACGCACACACACACACACACAGGGGAUCCUACUUAGAUACAAAACACACACCUCUGGGAGUCUUGUUAACAGAUUUAUUAGUUUUAUAUAGACCAUAAUGCUUUGUGGGUUCUUCUCAGCAGUAGUGACUGAAGCAGGUUUUGCUUUGACAAAAAAAGUGUGUGAUCAAUUACAAGAACAGCUGAUUAAAUAAACACACUGAUCGUACUCUUCAGUGUGUCAAUAUGUACAUGUAUCGUAUGUAUGAAGUUGUGUUUUUUGUGCAAUAAUUAAAGGAGUUGUUGGACACUUUUUACUGACCUCACAGCCCCAGCAGCUCCUUAAAUUACUCUACAGAAACCAAAUCUUUUCCUACAUAAGUUACAUCUACAUGUUCAUAAGAUGGUGAAGAAACAAGAUGAAUGAACUCUGCAAGCUGAUGCAAGGAUUGCGAUGCAUUAUGAUCUAUGUAAAAGACAUAAAACAUAUAUGUGCCUGUGUAGCCUCUAGUGUGCUGCAAGGCACCUUAUCAAACAUGAACACAGCAGACAGUCUCUCUGCUGUGAUUUACAACACUAAAAAAAAAAUAACCAAAUUUAGUCUGUAUAGUGACUUUUGUCCCAUUUUUAACAUUAAGGCCCUUCAAAGAGGGAGCCUACUCUUAAUAUCGCCUUAGGAAUUGCACACUGCCUUUUUAACGCCUCCUCACCCUCAUAGUGCCAGUAAGUCUGCCAGGGAUGGCCUCAUAUCACACCUGUGCCCAGAUUAUGUCUUUUAACGGGAUUAGCUGGUAGGUUAUGUGGAUUUGUUCACAAAGGCGGCCUGAAUUGUACAGCAGUAAAUUGAAAUGAGUUUUAAUGAAUCUCACCCACUCCUGACUCUCCUUAAAGGCGGCGUGCCCGCCUCCUCUUCUUUUUUCCUCCUUUGUUCUCACCACAACAGACAGAUCCUGAUGUUACUAAAAAAAAAAAAAAAAACACUUUUAACAGCCCUGAUAGAGAUUACAGAAGUGCCUCUCUGUCUGCACCCAUCACCAUGCAGUCGUUUACAAGAUGGAGGGGCAGUGAGCAAAAAAAAAAAGCCUCAGACACAGAUUCACCGACGGAUCUUACAAACUGAAGAGGGAUUUUUUUUUUUUUUCCUGUCAAGAGGUGAUUAUAAAGAACUCUCCAAUCACAGUCUUUUUCACCAGGAAGCAACUCAGACACUAUGAGACUGCAUCAGGGCCAGACUGAGUGGACUCCUCAGCUCAUUCACUACAGUGUAUAAAGACGUAUAAUGAGGGGUGGAUUUGUACAUCUUGAGGACAAACUAAGCCCGAGGAGGAGAGGAAGAUUAUUGAUGAACUGACUUUGACUUCUCAAACUCUGACCUGUCACACGGACGGCGUCGUCAAGACGUUUGUUAGCCAGCGAACGGACGCGGUUCCCCCCCCCAACUGUACAGCUAAAACCACCCGGGUCUCUGAGGAACGCUCCGGAUCUUUCUCUCCUUUUUUUUUUUUCUCUUCUUCUUCUUCUUCACUCGCUGAGGAAAUGAGGAAGCAGCUACUGGCAAGGCUGUAAUUACAGACACGUUCGUUUCUGAAUGUUGCGUGCGUGUCUGCGUGCGCGUGCGUGUGUGUGUGUGUGGACACAAAAGCUGGUGCGAAAAAAAAAAAAAAACAUCAGGCCUCAAGUAAACUGUCAUGGAUACAGAGAUUGUUCUCAGCUUUUUUAGUGUCCCUGGGUGACUUCGCACAAUCUUUUGAGGGGUUUGGAGGUUUGAGGGCAUUCUUCAUGUUUUUUUUCCUCCCUCAAACGUUAAGAUCAACAGCUCCCUUCUGCAUUCCCCUCGUGUUUAAAGACUCUAUUCUUUCUGUCAAAGGACACUCGUGCCUCUUAAGGACGUGGACAGUAUUUUUAGGGCAUUUGCAGUGAUCUGAGGGCUUUCUGCAUUUUGGAGAUAAUAAGCCGAAUCUGUUCAUGUGAUGUUUUGAGAAGCAACAAUUGAAGCAAACUGAUUUGUUAAGGGAGAGGGAGGGGGAGGGGGGAGGGGGAGGGGGGAGGAGAGAGAGAACGACGGGGAACCAUGUAAUGAAUGUCAAACAUCAAGGAUAACUCAGGCAAAUCUUCACUGAGAUAUUGAGAAACAACUUAUUUUUAUGACAUUUUAUUCAUAAUAGUUUUAAAAGGAGAGAAAAAAAUAAAAAAAGACAUUGCGCCCAUUUUAAUGAACAAACAAUUCCAAAUAAGAUUGUGCCUUUUUUAAGCCAACAUGAGUUUUGUUUUUUUUCCCCCCCUGAUUUACCCCCCCAGCAAAAACAUUUUAUCACACAUACACAAAUUACCACCAUGCCUUCUGUUUUUUGUAAAAGAGAUACAGACUAAGUAAAUCUACACAUAUAUAUUUUAUUCAAAUAUAUAUUGAAUUCAAAUAUUAUAUUUCAAUAUGGUCAUUUGAUACAAAUCAGGAAAAAAAUCCUACUAUUUUUAACGGUAAAGAUAUGUAUAUAUUCUAAUGGGCAUAUUAUUACCAGUAUAAUUCAGCCUUUGCCUUCUCACCCUUGCCUUCUCUUGACCGUUGAGCUGCAAUGACCAAGGCCACCGGUAUCAGAGUUUUAUAUUUAUAUUGUAAAAAUAAAAAACAGUUAUUGUGUAUUCAGGGGACUGAGGGUGUGACAGGACAAAUGACUAAGCGUGAACAUUUUAACCAGACCUGGGUCAGACCGUAUUUACCUAGUUAGUUGGCGUGUUUGUUUUAAAAUCACUGGAGUAUCAGUCGGGCGGGGUUUACCGCAUCAGGACAGAACAGUCGGUGCCAGUCAAACUGUCACAGCCACAGAAAGGUAAAUUAAAUUCCCUUUUGUAAACAUGUCGGCUCUCCUCACUUUGUGCUUGCCUGGUAAACCCCACCCGCCUGGAACCAAAACUCCUAAAUUAUUUGCAGCCGCUGUUUGACCCAGAUCUGCUUAAAAAAAAAAAAAAAAAAAAAAAAAAAGAGCCAAAAAAAAAAGCGGAGGCGCAGGUCGUAACGGGGAGCCAGUAACGGACUCGCGUUUUAAGAGCAGAGGGAUUCUGAUUGGACGAUAUCGAGCAGGUUUUUCAGUUUCUGCGUCACCUCGCCAGGGACCGCAGCCGGUGAUACGACUGGACUUUGGUUUGAGCGUGGACUGUGGACUCUAGCAGCUUUGUGUGGACUGAGUGCGUAUGGGUUGGUCUGAACCCUGCCCAUACACACACACACACACACACACCCCAUCCUGGUUAGAGUGAGGCUUUAGUGUGGCUAGAAUAAAGGGAAACAUGACAUCACACGUGACAUCAGGCGCCCCCACAGUCUCGCUGGAAUAGACGGCAUAACCAUAGAAACUACACACACACACUCUUACACACACACACACACACACAGAGAGGAAAUGGCAUCACAAAAACCUCAGAGCAGAGUGGAGAGAGAGGGACUUCCCAUAAUCUGACUCGCUCAUUCUGCUCGGUGUGUGUACGUGCGUUCGUGUGUGUUUGUGUGUGUGUGAAUGUGUGGUUUCUAUGGUUAUGCCAACUACACGCAUACACAAAAAAAAAAAAAAGCGAUUCAACCAGCUCAAGUCUGCGUUUUGAACAUAGACAUUGUCUUUUUUUUUUUUUUUGAAAUGCGUUAUUUUUCUUCACCAGGCACAGGAAAGCGUCAUACAUCUAUCCCUCUACAUGCUUUAACUGGCUUUUUGACUUUAUCAGCAUUCCUCAUUUAAAAAAAAAAAAAAAAAAAAAAAAAAAGGAGGUCAAACCUACUUUUUUUGUCUUUUUGAGACACUGCCAGCAAAAACAUUUUAGGGAACUUUUAAGGACAGAUGUAGCACAGUUAAGUUGAGAGAGGUGUCUGAUGAAGAGAAAUAAUUUAAAAACAAAAAAACGUCGAGCUUUACCCGAACUGUUGCACCUGUGCUUCCUAACCUGUCGUGGCUUCAUAAAUAAAAAAAAACAACAACAAGAGAAUAACUGUUUCCCCACUGGGUUGAUAUUUUCACACUUUUUAUUUCUCAUCAAUGCUAUUUCUUAUCAUUUUCUUCUGUAUUUUUUUUUUUCAGACAUAUUACUGUUACUCUUGUAAUUAUUAUAUUAUUAACAUGACUAUUUUGAUUAUUUUGUACACUCUUGUCAUGGCCUCGCCUCUUCUCCAUGAAUUUCUGGUUUUCUGUGAAUUUGUCCUUUUUUUUUUUUUUUUUGGUUCCAGUUUGCACUCUUCCCCAUGGACUUCAACUAGUCAGCUUCAGUGCAGUUUUUUUUUUUUUUUGUACUUGCGCUGAUGUUUUUUAACCAUUUGACCAUGGACAAGAGGAGGGUCACAUAAUCCCCACAUGAUAUACAGCAGGGGGGAAACUAUUGUUUUCAUUUUUUGGAUGUUGUAUAUAUAAUUUUUUUUUUUCAUUUUGGAGGAUUCUGUAAGAAAAAAAGAGCAUUGUACUGUUUAACCAUUGUAUUAUUUUUGAAACGCGUUCCCCUGUCCUCUCUUCGGUCGUCUGUCUCUCCUCUCAUGUCCACCUGAGUGGUGAGCCGUCACUCCAGAGGAGAGACGGAGACUCUUGUUUUUAUCAUGGAGGAAGCACCUGUACUUCUGUUUCUCUUCUAUCUGUUCAUCUUCAUUUGUAAUUAAACAAUAAUCAGGGUUCAUUAAAAAAGGUAAAAAAUGGA